AUGCGACUAGAGCUUCCGCGCAUUGGGGACGAAACUAUUGUGCAGCAGCUAGACGAUACGUGUACAGAUAUACUUGCGCGGCUUGACCAGGAGACAAAGAAGCAAGGCGCUGCAGAUCUGGACGUCGGCAUUGGAUGGCACAAGCCCCCCGACAUUGCGCCCAUUUCGCGUCCCUCGUCGCGUUCCAGCGAUCACCGGCGUAUCAGCCAGCAGCCUACACAGUCGCCCUACUCAUGGAUUACCUCUGCAUUUGUCGGCAACCGCGUGGGGCAAAAUGCACGCGCGCAAACACACCAAAAAAUACUGACCAAAGACCCGAUGCAGGACGUGCUCAAGCCAGCGUUCGAGUAUUGGGUCGUGCAAUUACACAUUGAGUACACAGACGCAAGCAUCCCCUUGGAAAAAGAGCUUUCUUCCUUCCUAUGUACGCACAAUAAGCAGCUAACCGCAGUCGCCGCACUCGCUUUUGGCGACAAGUACCAGAGUGCAGUACCCGCUAUUAUGGACGCGGGUAUAUGCCCGUUUCCGUUUACCAUCGAUAGUGCUGUGCGUCUAUAA